AUGUUGGGAUACAAAAUUUUGACCGCUGCCGCUCUAUUGUUGGCUGUUGCUCCUGCUAGACCUGUUGCCGGAGGCGACUGGGACCUUGAAACCACAAGUACCGAGUACGUUACUGUGACUUACUCUGACAGUACCUCGACCUCCACCACCGACUGUGGUGACAAGGACGAGACCACGUCUGAGUCCACGUCCGAGUCUGUGACUUCGUCUACUCCAGUCGUUUCCACCUCCAGCUCGCUGUCUUCCUCGUCUUCCGUGGUGACACCAACCACCUGGACUACCGUCAUUGUGACCUCAGGAACCACUAUCACCACCGGAUGCGUCGAGACCACCGAGACUUUUGAGGAAUACACCACUAUCUACACCACCUACUGUCCUCUGCCGGAAACAGAGACCCCAACCACCGUCGCACCAUCGACUCUUCCUCCAUCUCCUCCAGUGCACUCCUCUGCACCACCAGCUCCGCCAGUUCCUACUCACACCACCGCUGUGCCUCCAGCUCCAGCACCACCUGCAUCUUCCUUUGCUCCAUCGAGUUCGGCUACAGCUCCAGUGGUGCCUCCAUCCUCGGCUCCAGUCCCAGUGGUUUCUUCCGCCACCCCAGUCUCCUCGGCUCACUUUGAGUCUUCUGCUGCUCCAUUCACUCCGGUCUUCACCGCCGUGCCUGGCAACAGCUCUACUCCACACACCUCUGAGCUCUCUUCCUCUGUUGGUGUCGAGACCCAGCUGCUUGCUGGAGCCGCAGGACUCAACCUUGGCUACCACUCCGCUUACGCCUUUGUGCUUGCUUUGAUGGUGGCUCUUGCUUGA